AUGUCCACAUACGAUACAGAACUCAAGGAUUUCCCAUCACUUUUCUCGCUGACAGGAAAGGUGGCCGUGGUUACGGGUGGGUCGAGAGGUUUGGGUUUGCAUGCUGCGUCGGGCCUCCUCCAAGCCGGCUGCACCCACGUCUACAUAACCUCCCGCAAAGCCUCUGCCUGCGCCUCCGCAGUCCACACCCUCAAUUCCCUCCCCAACCUCUCUCCCAACGCAAAAGCCAUUUCCAUCCCCGCCGACAUAUCCACCAUCCAAGGAAUCCAGCAUCUGGUCUCCGAAGUAUCCAAAACCACCGACCAUAUCGAUAUCCUAUUCGCGAAUGCGGGAGUUACGUGGGGAGAAGCCUUUGAUACGCAUUCCGAUGAGGCUUUUGCGAAGGUCAUGAAUUUAAAUGUGAAGAGUGUUUUUGGAACUGUGAGAUUAUUUGCACCUCUCCUUCAAAAGUCGGCUACGCUUCAAGAUCCAUCUCGAGUAAUAGUGACCGCAUCCAUCGCCGGCCUCACCAUUUCCCCCCCAAACCCCACCUCCACAAUCAGCUACUCGACCUCCAAAGCCGCCUCCAUCCACCUCACCAAAAAUCUGGCCAUCGAACUCGGUCCCCGACACAUCCUCUGCAACAGCAUUUCCCCAGGAUUCUUUCCUUCGAAAAUGGCCAGUGCGUAUGUUGAAAGUGUGGGCGGUGCUCAAAAAUUAGCAGACGUGAGUCCCAAUGGGAGACUUGGGGUUCCGGAGGAUAUCGCGGGGAUUGUGGUUUUUUUGGCCAGUCGGGCCGGUAGUCAUGUGAAUGGGGCGAAUUUGGUGGUGGAUGGGGGGGAGUGGUUGAGGAGGCCUAGGCUUUGA